AGGGAGCCACUUCGGGAUGCCAGUCGCUCCUCAUUUCCAAAGCAAUCAAGGCCCUGCACUGGCCUCUGAGAUCGUGGGGGGCCGAUCAGCCCGGCCCCAUGCCUGGCCCUUCAUGGUGUCCCUGCAGCGCCGGGGCGGCCACUUCUGCGGGGCCACCCUGAUCGCCCCCAACUUCGUGCUGUCGGCUGCACACUGCAUGAAUAGCGUGAACUUCCGGUCGGUGCAGGUGGUGCUGGGUGCCCACAACUUGAGGCGGCGAGAAUCCACGCGACAGACCUUCGCCAUCCGGCGCGUCUUCGAGAACGGCUUCGACCCCAUAGACUUGCUGAAUGACAUUGUGGUCCUGCAGCUCAACGGCUCAGCAACCAUCAACAGGAACGUGCAGGUGGCCCGGCUGCCGGCCCAGGGCAGCGGCGUGGACAACGGCGCCCGGUGCCUGGCCAUCGGCUGGGGCCGACUGGGCACGCACCGGCGGCUGUCCCGCGUCCUGCAGCAGCUGAACGUGACCGUGGUGACCUCACUGUGCCGCGGCAGUAACGUGUGCACGCUGGUGCGGCGCCGGCAGGCUGGCAUCUGCUUCGGGGACUCCGGUGGGCCCCUGAUCUGCGGCGGGCUGGUGCAGGGCGUCGACUCCUUCGUCCGUGGCGGCUGCGCCUCAGGGUUUUACCCCGACGCCUUCGCCCCGGUGGCACAGUUCUCCGACUGGAUUAAGUCCAUCAUCCAUCGCAGGGACCUCGCGGACAGGCCCCGCUGAGCCUCGCAUGGCCGCUGCCCCCUCCCAAGUGCUUGACACAAUAAAAG